AACACACAACACUAUUUGUCUCUUCAAAGGUUCACUAUGAGGAUUGAGGUUGCUCUCCAGCUGGGUCUCUGUGGCCUCUGUCUAACGCUGGCGCUUCUUGGAGAAGGAAUGGGAGUGGAACUUCCUGACCCACCAGCAGUGAACUGUGUUUGGAGCCGCUGGUCAGAGUGGAGUUCUUGUGAUCCUUGCACCAAAAUCAGAAGGCGCUCUCGCAGUGUAGAAGUGUUUGGCCAGUUCGGAGGUGAUUCUUGUCAGGGAUCAAUGGGAGACAGGGAGUCCUGUGUCACAGAUGCUGCAUGUGAACUACCGCCUCCCCCUCAGUGUUCUGACUCAGAGUUCCAGUGUGAGUCAGGUUCCUGCAUCAAGAAGAGGUUAUUGUGCAACGGUGACUAUGACUGUGAGGAUGGAUCAGAUGAGGACUGUGAUCCCCUUCGUAAACCCUGUGGUUCCUCAGUCCUGGAUAGCAAUGAGCAAGGCAGGACGGCAGGAUACGGAAUCAACAUAUUGGGUGCAGAUCCUCGAAUGAACCCCUUCAACAAUGAUUACUUUAAUGGGAGGUGUGAUCGAGUGAGGAAUCCAAACACUGGGAGGGAUGACAGGCAACCCUGGAAUGUUGGCGUGCUCAGCUAUCAGACUCUAGUGGAAGAAACCUCUUCUAGAGAGAUCUAUGAAAACACACACAGCCUCCUCAGGGAAAUGCUGAAAGAGAUGAGUGUUAAAGUUGAUGCUGGACUUUCCUUCAAAUUCAGUCCAAGUGAGCCGUCUAUGUCCAAGUCUGCUACAAAGGUGGAUUUAGACUAUCAAUAUGAGAAGAAAACAAUGAUUCGUGAGGUCUCAGAGUACUCCAACAUUCAGAACAAGAGCUUUAUGCGGGUGAAGGGCAAAGUACAGCUGAGCACCUACAGGAUGCGCUCCCGUGAGCUCGUAACAGCAGAAGAAUUCAUAGCACAUGUCAAAUCAUUGCCUGUGCAGUAUGAGAAGGGUAUUUAUUUUGCCUUCCUGGAGGACUAUGGAACUCACUACACCAAAAAUGGGAAGACUGGCGGCGAAUAUGAGUUGGUCUAUAUCCUCAACCAGGACACCAUCAAGGCAAAAAAUCUGACAGAGAGAAAGAUUCAAGAAUGUGUCAAAAUAGGCAUCACAGCAGACUUUGCAGACACCGAUUUGACGAAGGCAAACUUCAAACGCGACGGCUGUGAUGACGUAACAAAAAAAGAUGAUGUUGAUACUCAUGGAAAAGCAGUGGUGGACAAGGUGAUGACAUCAGUCAAAGGAGGUACCCUGGAAAGUGCUGUUGCUAUGAGGGCUCAAUUGAAUAAGGAAGGAGUGAUGAACGUCGCUACAUAUCAGAACUGGGCCCGGACCAUUGCUGACGCCCCUGCACUGCUCUCCAGUGAGCCGGAGCCCAUCUAUAAUUUAAUUCCAUUGGAAAUGCCAGACGCCAACGCCAGGAUAUCCAACCUGAAACAGGCCACAGCGGACUACGUGGCAGAGUACAACGUGUGCAAAUGUAAGCCCUGUCAGAACGGAGGCACUCUUGCUCUGCUGGAUGGGAAGUGUAUGUGUCUGUGCUCUCACCUGUUUGAAGGCAUGGCCUGCCAGAAUUUUAAAGGUGAUAAAGCUAAACACCCAGGUACAAGACCGACUGUUAAUCAGGAGGGUAACUGGUCAUGCUGGUCUAGCUGGUCCAGCUGUAGUGGAGGGAAACGCACCAGGGCACGCGGUUGUAACACAGAUGGGCUCCUUGGAGCUACGUGCAGAGGAGACACCAGCAGUGAAGAAUACUGCUAAGCAGAUAGAUUAUCACUGAACAAUCUCUCUUGUUCUUUCUCACUAUGUACACACACAACCUACGUCUAAAAGAUAAAAAUCAAAAGACCUUAAGUCAUGAACAUUGUUGUCUUUACAUGCUUGGUUAGGAGAACAGAGCCAUCUUGAGGUUGGUAAUGGAUAGUGCAGUUCAUAAAAUUAUAGUUUUUUAAUGUGCAUGUAGAUAGAUUUUUUUAUUCUCUGAUUUAAAUAUAUGGAGUUUGAGUAUACAGUGUCAAUUGUAAAUAUGGACUCAUAUGAAUUUAGUAGAAAAUAUGCUCUGAAAAUAAAGGACCCAUUGUACACCAGCA